CAGUGGCAGCGCGCGCUGUAUCCAAGCAUGGCGGUGUUUUGGCUAAUUAUUUUGACAUAUUUAGAAACUUCGUUGUGCUUUGAAGACACAAAUACCACAGGAGCAAUAAAUAUAACACUCAGGCACACGAACGACACGUUUACUUAUUGGGAUGAUUCGCUUAAUUUCACGAAACUGGGAGACAGUCCCACUCCGUCUUCUUUCUCAGCUCCAACGGCGCGGACGCCCGAAUCCGUGACAGCAUUCCCGGAUCAGACUGAAACCACGGAGACCUCCAUCCAAGACACGACCACCAAAUCACCGCGAUCCGCCACAGCAGCACAUCCUCUGCCGCUCUCUGGUGUCCUGCCGACUCCUAAAACUGACGUCUUUAAUUUGUGUCCAUGCAACCUGCAAAAUGAGCAGUGUGACAUAAACUGUUGCUGUGAUCCAGACUGCACAGAGGAACUGUCCCUGUUUACUGGCUGCUCAGUAGAGAGAGUCAGUAGUGACCCCAGACUGUGCAACCAGGAAGCAGUAGUAUUUUCCCUUAGCACCACAUCAGAAGGUGUAUCUCGUGUGAAAUCCUCUGUCCAGCGAGACUUCAACCCUGACGUCUUCUGUAUUCAGUCUGCUAACUAUGAGGAAGGCUUGUCAUUUGCAACUCCAAAAAUUCCCACUGAAGAAAAUUUUGACACCCUUUUUGGCCAAUUUAUGGAAUUCUUCUUUGGCCGUUUGUGGGAGAAAAGUGCACUUGAAAGUGCUAAUGUGGAAAGUUCUCCAGGAUACCAGUAUGGAGAUCUCAUUCAAACAGUGAAUGAAGCUACUGAGGAGAAAUUUUUCACUCUUCCUGCCUCUGCGGGGACAGCUCACUGCUUAGAUGCAAACCCUGCAGCUUCCCUAAAGGACCAAACAAGCAGGUGUAUGAGGACUUUUGAUUUGGCACGUGAUUGUGCAACACUAGAGGCUCUGGAUUUGAGGACCUAUAUUAGCCUCAGCAUCCGUUCUGGAAAGAACAAAGAAGCUAAUGUCAUAGGAGUGGAGGUAGCUGCCAUUACCCUGCAGUCUUUGGAGGGCACACAGACGCCAGUAGACCCUGCUGAGAUUGCUGCCUAUGUUCCUGUGCUGCUGGAGUCCGGUGACGUCUGCAAUAACGUUGUACUGCAGGUGCAAUACACAUUCAGGUACAGCAAAGCUGGUGAAAUCCUGAAUGUGACUGCAUCAGUUUUGCUGGGAGCCAUUAUAAGUGCCAGGGUGCCCAUACAACAAGAGUUUCAGAUUUUGUUCUUGCAGGAGAUCACGAACACAGCAGGGUUGCGGUAUAGUGGCAAUCCUGGCUAUGUGGUGGGACUGCCACUUGUGGCAGGAACAAGGACAGCAGAUGGGAUAGUUCAGGCCGCUGACCCAAGUGGAUCUCUCACUAUCGUCCAAAAUGCCGGAGAUCAGGAUUGUUUGCUUGGCUCGUCCCGACGUUCCCCUGUUCUGUUUGGUAUAGACAUGGUAUCGGGUUGCACUCUAAGGCUGUCUGAUGCAGUUAACUGUUCUCUGGUAUCUGAAGUCAUUUUAUGGACCCUGAAAGGCCAGAACUUCCCUGACCAUGUGGCCUCAUUUGGGAAUUCCCUGCCACAGAGCCCUCUGGACUGGGUACCAAUACAGAACCAAACCAUUACAUCGGGUACACAGGCUUGCAGCAUACCACUCUCAUACCAUCUAGAAGUAAAAUGGACCAAGUACGGCGCCUUGCUGAACCCCCAGGCUCAAAUUGUUAGUGUCAUGGAAACAAUCCAUACUAAUACCAGUAGUUUGGCCCUCCUUACCAGUGCUGGUGGUCUUCUGUCUGUCACAAGCUCGGUUAGUUUUGUUGAUGUGUCUGCAUCUGCCAGUCCAGGAUUCAAAGUUCCUCCCACAAUUGAUGCCAAACUACCCUUUGACUUCUUCUUUCCAUUUGUAUAAUAUAUGGGAUAAUAUAUUGAACAUGUAGACAUUUGUUAAUGGUAUAGUUCAACCCAAAAUGAAAAUUCUCUCAUCAUUUACUCACUCUCAUGCCAUCCCAGAUGUGUAUGAAUUUCUUUCUUCUGCAGAACACAAAUUAAGAUUUUUAGAAUAAUAUUUCAGCCCUGUAGGUCCAUACAAUGUGAAUACAAGUGUAUGGGUGCCAAAAUUUGGACGCUCCAAAAAUCACAAAGGCAGUAUAAAAGUAAUCCAUUUGACUCCAGUGGUUAAAUCCAUAUCUUCUGAAGUGAUGUGAUAGGUGUGGGUGAGAAAUAGAUCAAUAUUUAAGUUAAUUUUUGCUAGACAUUCUGAGGCAUAUGCAUGAAGAAUGUGAAAGUUAAAGUGGAGACUGAGCAGGGAGGAGACUUUAUAGUAAAAAUGGAUUUAAAUAUUGAUCUGUUUCUAACCCACAUCUUUCAAAUCGCUUUUGGAGACAUUGUUUUAAAGGAAUAUUCUGGGUUUGUGGUAUAAUAUUGAUUACCACAAAAAGUAAUUUUGACUCAUCCCUCCUUUUCUUUAAAAAAAGCACAAAUCUGUGUCACAGUGAGGCACUUUUAACAUUAAAAUACUGUUUCAAAAGUAUAGCCACAAGACAUAAACAAUAUACAUGUAUACAUGAUUUUAGUGUGAUAAAAUCGCUUACAAACCUUUUCUGUGUAAAUUUAUAGCCAAUUUUACAACGUUGUUACUAUGAUGAUGUCAACAAACCCUAAAGCCCUAAAAUGACUGUAAAAUUAAGAUUUAAACAACUUUACAGCUCAAAUACUAAACACGUUUUAACAGAAGAAUGAAUGUUAGUGCUUUUAUAAAAUGUUAAGCUUCACAUUUCGGUUUAAACCCUCCAAAAAUUGGCCACAUUCGCUUUCAUUGUCCACAUUUACUUCCAAUGUAAGUGCUUCACUGUAACCUUGAUUUUUUUUUAAGAAAAGGAGGGGAUGAGUCAAAAUUAUUUUUUGUGGCCACAAAUGCUGUCAAUUGAGCUAAACUUGUAUUGAACCCAGAACAUUCCUUUAAUUGAUUUUUGGAGCUUCAAAAUUUUGGCACCCAUUCACUUGCAUUGUAUGGACCAAAAGAGCUGAAAAAUUCUUCUAAAAAUCGUAAUUUGUGUUCUGCUGAAGAAAGUAUCAUAUCUGGGAUGAGGGUGAAUAAAUGAUCAGAGAAUUUUCAUUUUUGGGUGAACUUUUCCUUUAAGAUAUUGUCAAGAAAACCAUUUCAGUAUCUCUUUUGCACUACUGACAAUGACACACACAUCCUCAAAUAUCAGGCUAUUGCUGCUUUUUCAAGAAGUGAUACUUUUUUAUUUUUAUAUUUAUGAUUCUGUGUUGAUAGCAUGAUUUCAUUUUAUGCAUAUAGUAUUUAUUGUCUAUUAGUAUUGUAUAUAAUGCACUCACAUUUUUAAAAUAAAGAAUACUUUCAUCCUA